CUACGUAAACAGUUAAAUUAUCCAACUUUGCCGAUCAAAGCCUUUCACAAAGAUUUUAACCACUAGUCCAAACGUUGCUUAUUAUAUUAACCUAGUAAAUAAUCUAUCUACGGAUUAAAAAAAAAAAAGAAAUUAAACAUAAGAAUUAGGCUUAUGGAGUUGAUUACCCAAGAAAUAAUUAUUUCCCAAACAAAUUCUACCCAUUUAUUUAUAUUUAUUUAUUUUUCAAAUAAAAACAAGAAAAUAUUGCAUACUAAAUUUGUUCCUCCUCGAAUCUCUGUCAUACAAUUCAGUAAAUUCACCUCAUCUGUAAAAUUGUAAUACGAAGUACGUAGUAAUUCGAUACAACAACGGCACUUAACUACCGGGACGUCCGCCGGCUGUCGGCAUUUAUUUCCAAUUUACCAAGCUAAAAAAAACUCGGGCCCCACAUUUUUCCCCGUAAAAAUAAAAAAUAAAAAAAUCCUGAAAAAGAAAUGUCUAUCUUUUUGGAAUACAUCCUUCUUCCCCCUCAAUCCAUGUGCUCUUCUUCAUCACCUCUUGCUGUCCAUUUUCUCUCUCCUCCCCUUCUCUGAUCACUCCAUGUGAACAUAAACAAAUAAAAAUUAAAAUCAAGCAAAAUUCAACAAAUUUUACCAUUAUACACUAGCAUUUAUUUUUCUCUCUUCUCUGUACUUUCUCAAGAAUGUCUCUGUUACACCAUUAACCAACCUCCACCCUUCUUCUUCUCUAUACUUUUAUUCAUCACAAUUACUUGUACUUCCUCUAACUUCUUCGUUCAUCAUCAAUGGAGUCUACUACUCGUCUCGAUUACGUCUUGUUCCAGCUCACUCCUACUCGUACCAGGUGUGAACUGGUAAUUUUUGCUGGGAAAUCGAAUGAAAAGCUAGCGUACGGACUACUAGCGCCGUUCAUUGCGCAUUUACGAUCUGCUAAAGAUCAGAUUUCUAAAGGUGGUUAUUCUGUUACACUUCGUCCGCCUUCUUCUUCAGUCAAUUCUCACUGGUUUACUAAAGGAACUGUACUCAGGUUUGUGAGAUUUGUAAGUACGCCGGAGGUUCUAGAACGGUUUGUGACGAUUGAGAGAGAGAUUUCGCAGUUGGAGAAUUCGAUUAAAUCAUACGAGGCGUCGAAUGCGGUUGUUGAUGGUGGUGUUGUAACUGAUAAUGAUGGAAAUGCUAUUGCUUCAGGUGCUUCGUUUAAGACAAAAGGGGAAUUGGAUGAAAGCAGCGAUCUUGGACAGGAAGAAAAUUCCAAGGCCCGUUUGCAGCGUGUGGUGGAAACUCGUAAAGCAGUUCUCCGGAAAGAACAAGCUAUGGUUUAUGCUCGAGCUCUGGCGGCUGGCUUUGAAAUAAAUAAUUUGCAUGACCUCAUUUUGUUUGCUGAUGCUUUUGGAGCUUCACGUUUGAGGGAAGCUUGCAUAAAUUUCAAGGAUCUGUGUAAGAAGAAAAAUGAAGAUAGACUUUGGGUGGAUGAGAUUGCUGCAAUGCAGGCUAUGGUGCAACCCGAAUUGGCAUUCUUGGGAACAUCUGGAAUUAUUCUUGCUGGUGAAGAAAAUGAUCCUUCCCAAGGUCUCAUGACUGCGGGGAAGCAGAAUGGAAGCACAGAUGUGUCACUGUCUGAUUCUAUGACUAGUCAUGGAAGUUUGGAUGCAAACCAAGAUUCUCAGACUCAACCAACUGAUGCAAAAGCACAAAUUCCACAUCCAUGGGCACAACAAUUUCCGCCAUACCUUCGUAACUUUCAGGGUCCCAUGUAUCAGCAGAUGCCCCCCUAUCAAGGCUAUGGUUACUCAGGCAUGCAGGUUCCCCCACAAUAUUACCCUGCAAAUAUGCCAUGGCCUUCUGAUGUUAAUAAUUCAGCUAAUCAUGAAUCAUAUGAUCGCCGUGAUCGCAAAUCAUCAUCCAGAAAGAAGGGAAAAGCCUCUAAUGCACGGGGAUCAGAGAAGGAAGAUCGUGAGGAAUACUCCGAGUCCAGUGGAUCUGGUUCUGAGACAGACUCUUCGUCAGAGCAUUCUCAUAGGAAAAAGCAUGGGAAAAAAGGUUCAAGAAAGGUUGUUAUACGCAAUAUUAAUUAUAUUACUAACAAAAGAGAUGGAGAACAGGAUGGAUCUUCUGAGACCAAUUCAUCUGAUGAGGAUGAAUAUAUAAAUGGUGAUUCCCUCAAGCAGCAGCUGGAGGAAGCAGUUGGGUCCUUUGAGAAGCAUAAGAAGUCAACCUCUCGCCAUCACAAAAAACGAAAUGGUUCCAAGCACCUUAGCUCUGUUAAUGGUUCCGCUGGCCAGGAAGAUGAAGAUGUUUCAGUGAAGAAUGGGAAAAAAGGAAAUGAAAAUUGGGAUGCUUUGCAGCAGCUGUUAAUGAGGGAGGAGGAGUCAGACUCUAACGAUCCUCAGCCACAUUCGGAGUUGGUUGAAGAGAAAUAUUUUACCACAGAGAGGUCCCAUGAGCUAAAUUCAUCUGCAUUCAAGCCAGAAGCAGAAGAGAGAUCAAAGCAGAAACCAAUUGCUACUGAUGCUUUUCUAGUUACUGGAAAGGGUACAGGACAUGAUGCUGACACAGGUAAAUUCUCUGCUCAAGGCUUUGACCCCAGUGAGAGUACCCUCCCAAUAAUGAAAAGGGGUAGCGCACCUGAGGAAUUCCUAUUUUCGCAAAGAAGUGAAAACCCAGAAAGUUAUGCACGAGUGCCACUGUCUGAUGAUCUUUCCCAUUCUUCCAUAGUCAAAACUAGUGAUGAUUGGUUUGUUGGGAAACAAUCAGAUGAAGCAGCAUAUCAGGGUGGAAACAACCAUCCGAGGUUUAUUGAAGGAGAUUAUGUGAGAUCUUCAGCUGAUCAGGACGAGAAGAAAAAUAAAGAUGUUAUUGAUGAUUCUCUCAUGAUUCAGGGGCGACUAACUGAUGACCACCGUGAAUCCCAAGUGAAGACUGAUAUUAUCUUUGUUUCUGAUAUUGUUGAGACUACUCUCUUUAAAAAUGGAACAACAGCUCCUCAGCAAAAGUCUGAAACACAUAAUUUCUAUGAACCGGAUGCUAUUUACAUGGUUCGUGAUCAUGAUGCCGUGGUGGAACAAAUAAAACCAUCUUGGAGUCCUGAACUUGAUUUUGAAAAUUACAUGUCCGUGAAUGAUCCUGCUAAGAAAUCAGAUGUUGAUGCGUGUGUAGACUCAAACUUGACUUCUAAUGAGAAAGGUCCUGACAACAAAAAGAGUGGGAAAGCUUCCACGAAGGACCCUAGAUCAAGAACCUUGGGUGGAUCGUUGAGGAAAACUAAAUCUGAUACUACACCAGGGCCUAAAAGGUCAACAUUUGGAAGUAAAACAUCUAUUCCCAAAACCCAACUUGAGAAGGAUGAAGAAAGAAGAAAGAGAAUGGAAGAAUUAGUUAUUCGAAGGCAAAAACGAAUUGCUGAAAGAAGUGGUGGUAACCCUGCAACAUCUAGAAAACCUCAAACAGGAAGUAAAGCAGUUCCAUCUACCGUUAGCUCUGAUAAGUCAAAACCUAAGCCCAUCCUCAGGAGUUCUACCAUUGAACGACUCGCAGCUGCAAAGACAUCUCCAAUAGCCCCAAGUACUCAACCGAAGAAAGAAGCUGCUAAGGUAAAAGGUGCUAAUGUGAACAUUGGAUCACAGAAGACUGCCAGUGUAGAUGCCAAGAAAGUGAAUGCAGAAAAGAACAAGCCUUCGGAGAAGAAAGCUGUCAUUAAAAAUGUAAAUGGGGUAAGUUCAUCAGUUGCAGACAAUAAGGAGGAAAAGGGUACUAAAAAGGUUGGUGCUUCAACGCCAACAAUGGAGUUGCCAACUAUGCAAGGAGUACAGGCCGAGGAUCCAAAAGACAUUAAAGAGCUGCACGUUACAUCUUCAAUCAUCAAUAAGGAUGUUAAUGUAGUAGAACAGAUCAAUACUUCAGAUGAAAAGGUAGGCAACCUUGUUGAAGAUCAUCCCACAAAUUUGGAUUUACUUGAGGAAAAAAAUGAUAAAAUAUUUAAAGAAUCUCUAUCUUUUCCGAAAGAGGAAAAAGUUUCUGAUGAUCAUUAUAAAUCUGGUCCAGAAUUGAGCAUCCACCCAUUGCCAGAGUCGCCUCCCAAACAGCUGGGUUCUGCGUUGAUCGAUGAGGACCAAACUACUAAAACUGGGAUUAAUUUAGGCUUUACAGAAAUUUCUGAGAUUGAAGAAUCAACUCCUCCACCGACUAAUGAAGUGAGUAUAGAUCCCAUCCAGAGGAAGAAAUGGGAUGGUGCUGAAAACUCUCCUAAAUCUACUAAAGGAUUCAGGAAGCUUCUCAUGUUUGGUCGAAAGAAAGACUGAAAGCGUCACAAUAAGUUGUAGAGAAAACACAGAAUUUUUAUACAUCGGUUUUGAUGGUUCUCUCAUUUUAUACUGCAGAUAAUAACGGAAGGGAGCGAGGGUCCCUUGCUGCACAAAUUUUAACCACUACGAUAUACAUAUGGCACAAGGAUCACCAGUUCCACAAAUCAACUUUUGAUGCCUGCUGCUUAGUUUCAAGAGCAUGUGAAUUAUAUCUAGCUGUGAGUUAUCCAUUUAAAGUCCUUUAGGCUAUAGUGUGUGCAUAUCAUUCCUUGAUCCAGUACAUUAUUCAACUUGAUUUUUUUUAUAAUUUUGUUUAUGGCUUGUAUUCUUUGGGUUAAUAUCUCUGUAUGUACUUGGUUAUAUACCCCUGUAAUGCAAUUUUUUUGAAUAUACAUGGUCCUGUUUUCUCGCC